CGGCGCACGAGCUCAAUAACAAACGUCUGGGGUGAAACAUCCGAGAGAAACAUUUCCCCCGCGCGGGAGAUUAUCGACGAUCCUUACAAUACAGAGCUGGACCCCCCCGGUGAGGCAAUGGAGUCGGACUCAGCCAACAUGUCUAAGAGGGACGUACUGAGAGGAAUCAUCACCGAGAGGCUGAGCACCGCCGUCCGGGAGAUCUUAGCGGUGGUGGAGAGGACUGUAGCCGACUACGAGGAGGAGGCUGCGGACUUCAAGCGGGAAAUCGACCGGCAGAGGAGGCUGCUGGAGCUCCUGCAGCCCGAGAUAAAGCUGGAGGCAGACGACCAGCAGGUGUUUCCCCUCGGUGAUGCUGGAGGAGGUCAACUACCAGAAGAUUGGAAGCAGGACAAAUAUGAGCCGAGUUUGGAGGACAGUGGGAGCCUGGGAUACCAGGCACCGAUCGAGGACGAUGAGUUUCAAUAUUUAGAGCAGGAGGAAGAGGAAGAUGUGACACAGCUGGAUUAUCCAAUGGCAUCAAGGCUCUUUCCUCAAACAGUUCAGUCUAAGGGGAGAAGAAAAGAGAAAUGUCAAAGCAGUAAUCCCACAGAUCUCAACAUCCGCAUCAUUGAAAACACAAAGAUUAGGGUUCUUUCAUCACGUGUGUAUAGGAAAUACCCAGUUCAGAAGCUGAAGGUUCCUCAUGGUCUGCAGGAGGCCGAGUUCCUGGACCUGCUCAAGUCCACCUUCCCUCAGCUGGCAGAUGAACCUUUUAACAUCUUCUUCUCUGGCAAGCACCGGAAACUGAAACCUCUGAAUGUAAAGUCACUGACGCCAGAAGAAUUCAAGAGAGCUUAUGGGGAUUCCACCAUGGUCAUACGACUGCAGAGAGAAGAUGCUGAUGAAGAUGCUGAUGAAGAUCCUCCAUCCACCCCGGAUACAAUGAGUCAUAACACCAGAGUUACAGCUGAUGAGACAACGCCCACCAGCCAUCCUCUCACUGAGACAGACACCCACAUAAAUCUCAAGACCCGCAUCCUGGAGGACCCUCAGAUGGAUGUGAUCUCACCCAUAGUGUUUCAGAGUUACCCGCCUCAUGAGCUGCAGGUUCCUCGUGGUCUUCAGGAGGAUGACUUCCUGGCUCUGCUGAGGUCCACCUUCCCUCAGCUGGCUGCUGGUGAACCUUUUACCAUCUUAACUGCUCACGGCAAGAAACUAAAGCCUCUGAGAGGAAAGACUGUGACUGCAGAGGAGAUCUGCAGGACCAGUAGGAGCACGGGGAAUCCCGUCAUCUUCAUCAGAUUGAAGGGUCCAGAGAUAAAGUUUCCACUGAGAGAAGUUGCUGCUGAUGAUCCUCCAUCCGCCUCAGAUCGAACCACACCGAACACAGAAAUUAAGUCAAACAGACCUCAGAUCAGUCACUCAGACACCCACAUACAUCUCAAGAUCCGCAUUAUGGAGGACCCUGAGAUGGAUAUGACCUCACCCAAUCUGUUUCAGAGUUACCCGCCUCAUGAGCUGCAGGUUCCUCGUGGUCUUCAGGAGGAUGACUUCCUGGCUCUGCUGAGGUCCACCUUCCCUCAGCUGGCUGCUGGUGAACCUUUUACCAUCUUAACUGCUCACAGCAAGAAACUAAAGCCUUUGACAGUAGAGAGUGUGACUGCAGAGGAGAUCUACAGGACCAGUAGGACCCCGGGGAAUCCCGUCAUCUUCAUCAGGUUGAAGGAUCCAGAGAUAAGGUCUCCACAGAGUGAAGCUGCUGUUGAAGAUGCUCCACCCACCCCAGAUCCAACCACGCUGAACACAGAAGUUCAGUCUGGCAGGAUUUCUCCUGUCAGGCAGCUGCUUAGCACAUCAGAUACCCACGUAGAGCUGAAGAUCUGCAUACUGGAGGACUCUGACAUCAAUAUGAUCUCACUCACAGCAUUUCAGACGUACCCAGUUCAUGAGCUGCAGUGUCUUCGUGGUCUGCAGGAGGCUGACUUUCUAAACCUGCUGAGGUCCACCUUCCCUGAGCUGGCUCCUGGUAAACCUUUGGAGCUCCUCAAAUCCAAUGAAGAUGGGAUACUGGAGCCUCUAAACGUGGAGUCGCUGACUGCCGAGGAGAUCAAAAGGGCUGUUGGGUCAGCUGGGAGCGUUACCCUUUUUGUUCGACUUAAGGCACCAAAGGACGCCCAGGCCAGUGUGAAAAACCUUGAUGGUGCUAAAGACUCUCCAUCCAUUUCUGAACAACCCAGGCCACACAUGAGUGGGGAGCUGAAUGGGACACUGAAGAGUGAAGCUGGACUUUUGAAUCAGCUCUACCAGAUUACCGAUGCAAUAAAACCACUGGACGAAGACCUGAGGGACAUCAUCCUCAGAGCUUUGCCAGAAAUUUCUGGAGAUACUCAACAGGUGUUGAUUGAUAAGCUAUUAAGCAAUGGCCUGGUGUCUAAACAGGACCUGAAUUGUGUAACUCAAGAAGAUAUUGGUGACCUGCUGCCUGCUUUUCAACUACAGAAGCUCCUGGAAUCAUUUAAAAAUGAGACAGAGCUGGGCACUGUGGACCUGCAAACAGUUCCUUCUCCUAGCUCGCUACUCUGCAGUCCUGCAACACUACCAUGCUCCACUCCAUCCAGUGAUCUCCCACUCUCAAAUCAAGAAUCCAGCAGCUCAGAGAACUGUAGAAAAGCCCUUUGCAGAAAAGAAUGGACAGAGACUUUCCAAGUGCCGUGGGACCUCAUGCCAAUGGAAGUUCAAGCAGCAGUCGCUGAGGGCGAGAGACCGUCCCCUGCAGCGCAGAGACAGAUGGUGAGGAUUUUGGUAGAUGAGGUGAGGAGAUACGAUCUAAACCCAUCACGGUCUCAGUGUGUAAUCAUCUGCCAAAAAGUCAUCCAUAGGUACCCUCAGAGCUUUGCUGAUCUGUGUGACAGUGGUCAGCUGCUGGGAGAGGGCUACACCUCGCUCUUAAACCAAAUUAAAAACCGAAUUGACAAUCUGAACCGCAACAAGAAAUUUCACAACCACCAUUCAUCUGGAAUGAAAAGAGGAUCAGCCUAUACUUACAGCCACACCAGAUUCAAGCCCAGCCUUCCACCAGAGGAGACCAAUGAAACAGUGGAGCAAAAACGUCAGCGACUGGAAGAGAUUUACUGUCAGGAUGAUGCAAACGUGGCAGAAAAAGAUGAAGUAACAGAACUCAUGAAAGUAACCUUCUCCAUGCAGCGCCGCCAAAUAAACACAAUCCCAGCACCCGCCAUCAGAUAUUUAAUAGGCCGAUGGCCUUACCUUUUCACACAGAAUGGGCUUUACACUCAUUUUGAGCUGCUCACUGAUAUCAAAGUGCUUCGUACCCUUGAGGUUGCCAUGGAGGAGUGUGGACAAACCAUCCUGGAGCUCUUCAUCGAGUCCACAAAUCCAGAUGUCCAAGCCAUUCUCUCACUGGGUCCAAACCACGAGCUGUCCUUCUGCAUCAUCCAGCUUCUGAUGGCUCACUUCACUGAGGCCCUCGACGGCUUGAUCCUUUUUGCAAAUGCAUCUGCUACGGCAGCUGAUGUAGAGGAGACACUCCAACUACCCGCAACUCCUCGACUGAUACUCCUCGUGGAAUCACCAGGAAGUUCCAUUCACCGCUGGAUGAUCAGUCUGGAGGGGAGCGUCAUCUGCGAGGGCAUCCAGCCGACUUUUCUGUCCGGCCUUGCUGCCGUCUUUUCUACUUACUACAUCUUCAAUCUUCAGUAUCAAGCCAAUGCUGCGUGCACGCUGGAAUUCAUUCAAAGGCGGUUCAUGGGGAUAAUUCCUGCCAGAGGCACCAAAGCUCCACAAGGCAAAUUCCUGUCAGAGCAGACUGGGAAGUUUGACAAGAAAAGUACAACGCCAAUAAAUCCUCAAGUUUUAACUCUGUUGAAUAAACUCAAGGACGUGAACUAAGAACUGUUUACACCCAUACAGAGAUGUUUCCAUCACUUCAAAGCACAUCAGACUGAUUUUUGCUCAUUUCCUGGAGACUGACCCUAACCUUUGGGGUCUGAUGAGCCUCUUGGAGCAACAGCUGACAUUAUGAAUCUUCCAGCAUAGGAGCUGUAUGUCCAUGCCAGAACUUUGCAUCCCAUGCACCAGUUGUUGUUUACAGUUCAACCAUGAAUCCAGCUCAGUUUGAAAAAGCUGUCAUCAAAUGGUUUUGAGAGUACACUUUGACCAAUUCAUUCCUCUUUUGUUUGUCAUGUGGACUUUUAAGCUGCGUGCUGCCAAAAUCCCAGGAAAAGCUUCUGGCAUAAGAGAUUCUGCAGACUGUUUACAGAUCACCAUUUGCCUUAAGAUUUAGUAAAAAUAUAAAGGUGUUCAAAAACAAGGAAAGUCUUGCAACUUGAUUCUGUUUUUAUUUGAUUAGAUCCACUCAUGCAAAUGGUAGUUUUAUGACAGAAACCCUGAAGUA